AUGCGGGUGGUGUGGGAGGAGUUGAGUUAUAUUGUGGGUUUGUGUCAAGUUCCUGUUUGCUUAUUGGGAGAUUUUAAUGAGAUUUUACACGUCGAAGAACGCAAAGGGGCUAGUAGUUUAACGGGAACAGCGGAAGAUUUUAAGGAUUGGGUUCAGGAUAUGCAGUUGAUGGACUUAUCUCUCAAUGAUAGGAAGUUCACGUGGUUUAGAGGUAGAUCAUGUAGUAGGAUUGAUAGGGUCUUGGUUACUGUAGAGUGGAUGGAGGAGUUCUUAGAAAUUCGUUUGAAAGGUGGCCCAAGAGGGCUAUUAGAUCACUGCCCGUUGAUUGUGGAAGAUCCUUUGCGAAAUUGGCACAAGGAAAAUUUUGGGAACAUGGAUAAAAGACUGAAGAUGUUGGAGGAGGAGAUUCAGAAGCUGGAUACGAUGGUUAACGAAGGCGCAUAUGAUGGUACAACAGAGGCUAGAAGGAAGACGUUGGUGAGCUUUUCUGAGAAAUGUGAGGAUCAGGCAAGAAUAAAAGUGGCGAUUAGAGGGUUCUACAAGGAGCUGCAUCGGCAGGAAUAUGCUCUGAGGAUUGGCUUUAGGGAUGGAUUGGUGAGACAGAUUGAUGGAGCUGAAGCUGCAGCUCUGGAGACUAUGCCGUCGGUGGAGGAAAUCAGGGAGGAUUUCAUUGGAGCAGUGAUGGAGUUCUUUCAGACUGCUAGGCUACCAUCGGAUGCAAAUGUGACGUGGGUGAUGCUAGCUCUGAAGCUAGUGGGUGCUAGAGAGAUUAUGGAUUUUCGGCCGAUUAGGAGGAAAAUACACGAUGGCGUCCUCAUUGCUUGUGAGACGGUUCAACGGCUUAAAACGAGUCGAAAGAAGGCGGCGAUCAUUAAGCUUGACUUCCAGAAAGCUUGUGAUAGAGUCAGAUGGAGUUUUGUGGAUAUAGUGCUUCAGAAGAUGGGGUUCGGACAAAGGUGGAGGAAUUGGGUGAAAGAGUUUCUGAGUACGGCAUCUAUGUCUGUGCUGGUUAAUGGAUCUCCAACCAGACCGUUCAAAAUGGAGAGGGGGCUGAGACAAGGUGAUCCACUAUCUCCUCUGCUGUUUGUGCUUGUGGUCGAUGUGUUGCAUAGGAUGUUGGGGGAUGCCGUGAGGAAUAGGCACAUUACUCCGUUACUGGUAGGGAGAGAUCAUAUUGAGUUGUCACAUCUCCAAUUUGCGGAUGAUACGAUCUUGUUUUGCCCUACGGAGACAGAAACAAUUGUGAACUAUAAGAGGAUGCUGCGUUGUUUUGAGUUGAUGUCUGGGUUGAGCAUCAAUUUUGAUAAGUCGAAUUUGAUCCCGAUUAACUGUGAACAGGAAUGGGUGGAGCAGGUGUGUGGCCUUCUGGGGUCUAAACAAGCUGGUCUACCGGUUCGAUACCUUGGGAUUUUGUUAAGAGCUAAUCCGAGACUAGUGAAGACUUGGAAGCCAAUCAUAGAUAAGGUGGAAGAGAAGCUCAGCUUAUGGAAAGCGAAGGUUCUGAACAAAGCAGGCAAACUAGUUCUCAUCAAAUCGGUGUUGAAUAGCUUACCGAUCUAUUACCUUAGUCUAUACAAGAUGCCAAAAGCGGUCGCUGACAAGUUGAUUGCACUGCAAAGGAGAUUUAUGUGGUGUAGGGAGGAUGGUAGCUAUGUGGUGGACGAAAUUUCAGACCUUACCAGUGAAGGUGGUCCGUGGAAAGACAUUUGUCAGUUGAGUAUACCAAACCAACAGGGGAAAGAAAAACUUCUUCAUGGCCUGGCGAUGGAAGUAGGGAAUGGCAGCCGAACUCUGUUUUGGGUAGACAACUGGGUGCAAGGUGGCCCUCCAAAAGUAAUUUUUCCAAGGCUCUUCUCUAUUUCAAACCAACAAGGUUCUAUGAUAGGGGACUGUGGGUUCUGGGAUGGGUUAGAGUGGAUCUGGAAUUUUCAGUGGAGGAGAGAGUUGUUCCAGUGGGAGUUGGAAUUGGUUCACCAACUUCUUGAGAGGCUAAGACUGGUGCUGCAAUCGGAGACUCUUUCGGAAGAAGUUAGGAGCUACAACUUCACUAGUUCAAUCUGGGGAGGAUUGGUGUGGUGCGCUUGGUUGAGAUAUUUAGGUAAACCGUGGGUCGUCCCAGGAACCAUGAGGGGGCAGUUCGAGAGUUGGACUGGCUUUUACAAGAAUAGAGAGGAACAGAAGAUGCUGCUGACUGGAUUCUUUGCAGUGAUCUGGAAUAUUUGGGGGGAACGGAAAGCCAUAGUUUUUAACAACAGGAAAGCAAGUGUUGAGGACAUUCAAGGAAGGACGUUUUUGAGCUUCAAGGAGUGGGCAGGUGCUAACCCUCUUGGUUGUUGA